UCCAACCACCUAUCCCCCCUUUCUUCCUUCCCGCUCUUGCCUUAUCCCACCGUUCUCGCCGCCCGCACUCCCCCCUUAACCCCACAGAAAAUGUCUCUGUUUCUCUCCUCCGCCUCCGCUCUCCCCGCCAUUACCAACUCCCGCCCUGUCUUCCCCUCGAAACCCAUCCCCGCUCGCCCCUCCAAGCCCCCGUCUGCGCGUGGCUUCUCCGUGCUCGCCUCCGCCGGCAACGACGCCUCGACCUCCUCCUCCUCCUCCUUUGCUGUCGCCUCUUCCGCUCCUCUGCCCGAGCCGAAGCUUCCAGAAGACGGCAGAAAGGCUUCUUCCAUUCUGACAUUCCAGCAGGCCAUUCAGCGCCUUCAGGAGUAUUGGGCUUCUGUGGGUUGUUCUAUAAUGCAAUGUAGCAAUACAGAGGUUGGAGCUGGGACGAUGAAUCCCUUGACAUUCUUGAGAGUAUUAGGACCGGAACCUUGGAAUGUUGCGUAUGUGGAGCCAAGUAUACGACCUGAUGACAGCCGUUAUGGAGACAAUCCCAAUAGGCUUCAACGUCACACUCAAUUUCAGGUCAUCUUGAAACCUGAUCCUGGAAAUUCACAAGAUCUCUUCCUCGGUAGCCUUUCAGCAUUAGGUAUCAAUGUCAAUGAACACGACAUUCGUUUUGUGGAGGAUAACUGGGAAAGUCCGGUUCUCGGUGCUUGGGGAUUGGGCUGGGAGGUAUGGAUGGAUGGGAUGGAAAUUACACAGUUUACGUAUUUUCAGCAGGCUGGAAGUCUUCAAUUGCUUCCAAUUUCUGUUGAAAUAACUUAUGGUCUUGAAAGGAUUCUAAUGUCACUUCAGGGGGUAGAUCAUUUCAAGAAGAUACAAUAUGCUGACGGAAUCACAUAUGGGGAGCUAUUUUUGGAGAAUGAGAAGGAGAUGAGCUUUUAUUAUUUGGAACAUGCCAACGUUGAGCAUAUCCAGAAGCACUUUGAGAAUUUUGAAGAAGAAGCUUGUUCAUUGCUGUCACUCGGACUCCCCAUUCCUGCGUAUGAUCAGCUUUUAAAGGCUUCUCAUGCUUUCAACAUUUUGGACUCUAGAGGAUUUGUUGGUGUCACUGAGCGUGCUAGAUAUUUUGGCCGCAUGCGCAGCCUUGCUCGCCAAUGUGCUCAGUUAUGGGUAAAGACACGUGAGAGUCUUGGUCAUCCUUUAGGCAUUUCGUAUGAUGCAAAUAGUCUCAUCCAUCCUAGCAUUGUUGAAUUUGAUUUGAAAAAGGAAAUGGAGCAACCUCGAUUAUUUGUUCUUGAAAUUGGGACGGAAGAGCUGCCACCUCAGGAUGUAGUAGAAGCAAGCGGGCAACUCAAAGCAUUAGUAGAGCAAACAUUAGAGAAACGAAGAUUGAGUCGUGGGAAAGUGUUGACUUAUGGUACGCCGCGCAGAAUAGUGAUUUGUGUUGAAAAUCUUAGUAUCAAUCAAGAAGAGGAGGAGACUGAACUACGUGGCCCCCCAGUAGCAAAGGCAUUUGAUCAAGAAGGAAAGCCUACUAAGGCUGCUGAGGGUUUUUGCCGUAAGAAUAGUGUAUCUGUGGACCAGCUAUAUAAGAAAAUAGAAGGUAAAACAGAAUAUGUCUUUGUUCGUGUGAAAGAGUCUGCACGGUCUGCUAUAGAGGUGUUAGCUGAAGAUCUGCCGAGCAUAAUAAGUAAUAUCACAUUUCCCAAGUCAAUGCGCUGGAACUCCAAUGUCGUGUUUAGUCGACCAAUUCGCUGGAUAUUAGCACUUCAUGGAGAUCUCGUUGUACCAUUUAUAUUUGCUGAAGUUUCAAGUGGGAGACAAUCUUGCGGCCUUCGUAAUUCGUCUUCAGCUAUUCUCAAGAUGGAAACUGCAGAAUCAUAUCUGGACGCCGUAAAAAAGGCAGGAAUCUUGAUUGACAUGCAGGAGCGCAAGGCAAAAAUAUUACGUGACUCCAAUUUACUGGCUAGAAGUGUUGGCGGUCAUCUUACUUCACCGGGUAGCUUAUUGCUGGAGGUUGUAAAUCUUGUAGAAGCGCCUCUUCCAAUACUUGGACAAUUUGAUGCUUCCUUCUUAGAGCUCCCAGAAGAUAUAUUAACAACGGUUAUGCAAAAGCACCAGAGAUACAUUCCUCUGAGAUCUACAUCUACUGGCAAUCUACUGCCCUUCUUUAUUGCUGUUGCCAAUGGUGUGAUCAAGGAAGAAGUAGUUCGUAAAGGGAACGAAGCUGUACUCAGAGCACGGUACGAAGAUGCAAAAUUUUUCUAUAAAAUGGAUACUCAAAAGAAGUUUUCUGAGUUUCGAAGUCAGCUGAAUGGGAUUCUUUUUCAUGAGAAGCUUGGGACAAUGCUAGACAAGAUGGAACGUGUACAGAAGAUAGUUGCUAAACUAGGACUUGCUCUUGGAAUAGAUGAAAGGAUGAUCCCAGUUAUCAAAGAUGCUGCUGCAAUUGCUAUGUCAGAUCUUGCGACUUCUAUUGUCACAGAAUUUACUUCCCUUGCUGGAAUUAUGGCUCGCCACUAUGCUUUAAAGGAUGGUUACCCUGAGCAGAUUGCAGAGGCCCUAUUUGAGAUUAUGCUCCCAAGAUUUUCCGGAGAUAUCCUUCCAAAAUCUGAUGCUGGGAUAGUUUUGGCUGUUGCUGACAGAUUGGAUAGUCUUGUUGGUUUAUUUGGAGCUGGGUGUCAACCAAGCUCGACAAAUGACCCUUUUGGCCUGCGAAGAAUCUCAUAUGGACUUGUCCAAAUACUAACAGAGAACAAAAAGAAUUUGGACCUAAGAAGUGCAUUGACAUUAGUGGUAGAUGUACAACCUAUAGAAGUUGAUGCCAAUAUCAUAAAUGAAGUACUACAAUUUGUUACAAGGAGAUUAGAACAACUUUUGGUGGACAAGGGUAUUAAUUCUGAAAUAGUCCGCUCCGUUCUUCUAGAGCGUGCAAAUUAUCCGUAUCUUGCAUCACAAUCAGCUGUUGAAAGCAUUCCUGUGAAGUGCAAGUUUAAAGUGCCUAUCAAACUGAUGGAAGCCUUAUCCAGAACCGAACUGUUUCCAAAAGUAGUUGAAGUGUAUUCACGGCCAACAAGAAUCAUCCGUGGCAAGGAUAUCAAUAAUAAUUUGGAGGUAAAGCACAUGUUUAAAAUUUUAUGUUUAUUUUUUAAAUAUAUUUCAAUCAAUUAGAUGUGCUUGUUUUUU